AUGCCGGCGCAGGACAUCGUCCGCGACUCUGGCACGUCGCUGGUCUCGAUGAAGGCGCUCAACGAGACCUUCGGCUCGGAAAAGGAGGCGUGGAGGCAGGCCCUCGAGAACGAGUUGAACUCGAUGACGGAGAACGAAGUUUUCAGCAGGCUGACGCUGGCGGAGGUCGGCCAGGCGAGGCCCAGGGACAUCUUGCCCAUGAAGGUGGUGGCAGGCGUGGACUGCGGCAACUUCGAGCAGCACGGGGAGGGAGAGCCGGUGCACGCCUCGAACCUCGAGGCUUGCAGUCUCCGCAGCGCCUUGGCGGUAGCAUCCGCCAGGCGCAGGGACAUCAGCGCGAUGGAUGUUUCGACUGCCUUUUUCAGCGCCCACCUCCCCAUCGAGCACAUGGUGCUGGUGCGCCCACCCGCCCUGAUGGUGCGGUAUGGCCUCGUCCGUCCCGGAGAGGUCCGGAGGGCGACGAGGGCCAUCUACGGCCUGCGCGUGUCGCCCGGGAGCACCGCGGACGGGGCAGUGUGGAGUAUCGUGGACUCCGCGGGCAGCGUCUUCGGGUACGUCCUCACGUGUGUGGGCGACUUCCUCAUCCUGGACCUUCGGGGCGUGCGCUACCUCUGCAUUGACAUCGAGGUCAAGAUCGACUCCACCAUGCCGCUCCCGCAGCAUUCCUACACGGAAGAGUUGCUGGAGAAGUGGGGCACGCCGGAGUUCGGCAUGGACGAGCCGCUCCCUCUGGAUUCGUACGCCGACGCGAGCUUCGUGGGCAUCGGCGCCUACACGGGUCUCCAUGCGGAGGUGAACGCACUGGCCGUCGGCGAGAACAUGAGCGCUGCGGCAGCCGCCACUCUCGAGAGCAUGGGGCUCCGAGUGAGGCCAACACUGCGCGGAGACAGUGACGCGGCGAACCACGUGGCAGAGGGGCGACGUUCAUGGCGGACCCGCGCAUUGUCCACGAAGGUCAACGCCAUCCUCUCCAGGAUGGCACACGGGCUGCUCGAGUUGCAUUUCGUCGGCACCACCGAGCAGUGCGCGGACGGACUCACGAAGUGCGGCGGGGUCCAGCACGCGGCGAGGAUCUGGCAGCACUUCGGCCUCCGAGCUCUGGCUUAG